CUUUCACUUGGACCCGCGGGUUAGGUUAGUAUGUCAAUCAGUCACUAUCUAGUUCACAACAGACUGAAUACCUAAACACAGAAUACACGCAAGGUAUUAGUUAGAUACAGGGUGUUUAGGGUUAGUUAGAUACAUUCUUAGUUAGGGUUAGGUAAAUACAUUGUUACUUAGACUUCGGGUUAGUUAGAUACAGGGUUAGUCAGGGUUAGGUUAGUUAGAUGCAUUGUUGGUUAGGAUUAGUUCGAUUUAUUGUAGGUUAGGGUUAGUUAUAUACAUUGUUAGAUAAGGUUAUGAUUUGUUAGAUAGGCCUACAUUGUAAGUUAGGGUUAUGUUAGUAAGGGUUAGGGUAACUUAGAUACAUUGUUAGUUAGGGUUAGUUAGAUACAUUGUUAGUUAGGAGUAGUUAAAUACAUUGUUAGUUAAGGUUAGGGUUAGUAAGAUACAUUGUUCGAUAAGGUUAAGAUUUGUUAGAUACAUUGUUAGUUAGGAUUAUUGUUAUUUUAGUUAAGGUUAGGGUUAGUUAGAUACAUUGUUAGAUUCAUAGUUGGUCCUCCAGUCUGGACCGUUUGGGCGGGGCCUCAGUCACCAUGGCUAUUGCAUCAUCCGGAAACAACGCAUCGUGGAGCACAUGAACCUCACACACGGACUGCAUGAAGCUGACGCACGGACAGAGCGUCCACACAUCGGAGCUCUAACCGAAGUCCUGAUGCUGAAUCGUUAUUUUAGCGGUGUUCUCGUGCAGCUCUUUCGCUCCGAUCUGCUCAGGAUGCAUGAGAAAUAGCAGGAUCGCAAUCUUUACGCAAGUCCCGCUUGGCGGGACUUCCCUUUCUCUGUAGUCGGUCUGUAGGACUCUGUCUGAUGGAGAAGCAGCCCUUGCCGCUGGAGGGUGCAGAGGUCGCGGCGUCGCUGUUGGGGGCCAACGGCGCCGCAGGAAGCAGCGAGCUGCCGGUGACUUCCUACCCGUCGGAGCCGCCCGCCAGGGACGGCUGGAACAGCAAAGUGGAGUACUUCCUGGCCCAGGUGGGCUUCAGCGUUGGCCUGGGCAACGUGUGGCGGUUCCCCUACCUGUGCCACCAGAACGGAGGAGGAGCGUUCCUGCUCCUCUAUGUGCUGCUCAUGCUGCUGGUGGGAAUCCCGCUGUUCUUCCUGGAGCUGGCGGCAGGCCAGUCCAUCCGGCAGGGCAGUAUUGGGGUGUGGAAGCACAUCUCCCCCAAGCUGUGCGGGAUCGGCUACUCCAGCUGCGUGGUGUGUUUCUACGUGGCGGUCUACUACAACGUUAUCAUCAGCUGGAGUCUCUUCUACCUGGGGAACUCCUUCCAGAGCCCGUUGCCUUGGGAACAGUGUCCGGAACAGGGCAACAUAACGGUGGCAGAGUGUGCGGCCAGCGCCCCCACCACCUUCUUCUGGUACCGCACGGCGCUGGACGUCACAGACUCCAUCGAGGAGACGGGCCAGCUCAACCUGUCCCUCACCUGCUGCCUGCUAGCCGCCUGGACCGUCGUGUGCCUGGGCAUGUUCAAGGGCAUCAAGACCUCCGCCAAGGUCAUGUACUUCUCGUCCAUCUUCCCCUACGUGGUACUGCUCUGCUUCCUGGUGCGAGGCCUGCUGCUGGACGGGGCGCGGGAGGGCAUUGUCCACAUGUUCUACCCCAAGCUGGAGAUCUGGGGCAGCGUCCAGGUGUGGCGGCAGGCGGCCACGCAGGUGUUCUUCGCCCUGGGCCUGGGCUUCGGCUCGGUCAUCGCCUACUCCUCCUACAACCCUCGGAGCAACAACUGCCACCGUGACGCCUUCACCGUGUCCUUCAUCAACUUCCUGACCUCGCUCCUCGCCACGCUGGUGGUCUUCUCCGUGCUCGGCUUCCGCGCCAAGAACACCGUCAUGACCUGUGUUGCCAGCAACGUGGAGCUGUUCUCCCAGCAGUACGGCCCAGGGCCCGGGCCGCAGGAGAGAUGGGUGCCCAGCUUCAACGUCUCUGAGCCGGGUUCUGUGGGCCUGGCGGAGUACCGGAGCUGGUUCCACGCCCACGGGGCCCGCGGCCCCUGGAACCUGACGGACUGCGACCUGGAAAAGGAGAUGCAGAAGGGGGCGCAGGGCACCGGCCUGGCCUUCAUCGCCUUCACAGAGGCCAUGUCCCUGCUCCCCGGUAGCCCCUUCUGGUCCGCCCUCUUCUUCCUCAUGCUGCUGAACCUGGGCCUCAGCACCAUGUUCGGCACCAUGGAGGGCAUCCUGGCGCCGCUGGCCGACAGCUUCAAGGUCCUGGCCCGCAACAAGACCAAGCUCACGGUGGGCGGCAGCGUCCUGGGCUUCCUGAUUGGCCUGCUCUUCACCCAGCGCUGCGGGAACUACUUUGUGAGCAUGUUCGACGACUACACGGCGACGCUGCCCCUCAUCAUGGUGGUGGUCUGUGAGACCUUCAGCGUGUCCUGGCUCUACGGCGCCGACAGGUUCCUGGACGACAUCGAGGGCAUGCUGGGCUGGCGUCCCAGCGUCGUCUACAAGUACCUGUGGAAGUACGUGGGCCUGCUGGCCAUGCUGGGGCUGCUGGGCGCCAGCCUCAUCCGCAUGGUGCUCCAGAGACCAACCUACCUGGCCUGGAGCCAGGAGAAGGCGUCUGAGGAGAGGCUGCAGUACCCGGACUGGGCCCUGGCGCUGCUCUCCCUGCUCAUCCUCUUCGCCAUGAUGCCGGUCCCCCUGGGCUUCGUCCACGCCACCCUGCGGAGCCGUGCGGCGCGGGGGGCUUGGGCCCCCACCGGCUUCCAGGCCGUCCCCACCGCCGACGAGUGUGAGACCCCCGUGACGGACGUGGAGCAAACGGCGGUGUAGCUGAGAUCCAUCGGCCGUUCGGAGGUUCAGGAUCGAUGACAUCAGAGGUGAGCAGUGAGUCUCGCUACGAUGCAGCGUAUUGAUCGGCUCAGUGAUCGAUCAAUACGCUACGAUGCAGCGUAUUGAUCGGCUCAGUGAUCGACCAAUACGCUACGAUUCAGCGUGUUGGUCGGCUCAGUGAUCGAUCAAUACGCUGUGAUGUAGCGUAACGCUGUUGGUGUCCAGAGGGCCCCAAGCGGGCCCCGAACGUCUCAGGUAUCGGGGGGGGGGGAAUAUGGGAAUACCAUCAGCUCCUGAUCGGAAUACCAUCAGGAGCUCAGGGUGCAAUUUUGAACAAAGAGUAACUAGGCCAUCUUUAUGUCUGUCCAUACUGGUCAUUACCGAGGCCACUGGUUUGUGUGUGUGUAUACUGGUCAUUACCGAGGCCACUGGUUUGUGUGUGUGUAUACUGGUCAUUACCGAGGCCACUGGUUUGUGUGUGUGUAUACUGGUCAUUACCGAGGCCACUGGUUUGUGUGUGUGUAUACUGGUCAUUACCGAGGCCACUGGUUUGUGUGUGUGUAUACUGGUCAUUACCGAGGCCACUGGUUUGUGUGUGUGUAUACUGGCCAUUACCGAGGCCACUGGUUUCUGGAUCCAUUCACUGGUCUUGGCUCACCGGUCCAUCCGUCCAUGUUCUAUUCUUUCUUUACUUGCUGCUAUCUGCUUCUGCAGUGUUCAGUGUUUUCUUGUUUUACUUAUUUUGCGAUGUCAAGACUUUUAUUGGGACCAUUUACUGCUGUGCUCGUGUCAUGAAUGAUCUUUAUUCCUGUAUUUAUUAUAAUUUCUCUCUGCUCUUUUUGUUUUUGUCUUUAAUCUAUGAUAAGACGCCUGCUUGGUUGUCUUUCUUUUAAUUUAUUUGUGUUUCUAAUUGGUUGAACGAGCUGAUACGUCUCGUCUUAACUGCGUCCAACAGUUCCUUCUGUAUUAAUCCAGGCGCAUGCCGUCCGUGUGGGCAGGUGGGGCAGAGAACUCAGAGCAUGCUCCCAACAAAAUAGUUCCUCAGUAAAUCAUUGCUCCAAGUUUAUUUUUAAUAAUUUGAUUUUCCGACUAACUAUCUAUAGUUUCUGUACGCUUUCCAACUAUUUUUGGUCUCUUGACAUAAAAAUUUGGAUGAUGGUGGGCAAUGUUGGGGCAGGGCAGCUCGGUGACCACGUUCCUCCGUAUGUUUAUCGCUCAUCCCUGCAGGCUGCAAAAGAAUUGCAAUCCGCGUUAUAAGACGCCUAAAUGGUCGUAAAGCAGACCCCGCGGUCAUAUUCUAGAACUGUUGUUGUUUGACCUCAAAUUAUUCCACGCGUAUCUUUCAUCGUUUCCAUAUCAGAUGCAGAUAUGGCGAGUGGUUUUGCACCAGUGAUUAACAGUGUUGAGAUUCUGUUAAAAACAUUUCAGAGGUUAAAAUUGAAAGAAGUUAGAAAUCAAACAACUUGGCCCAGACGGACCUAAACAUUAUCCAACCAACGAAGGAUAGGGGGAAAACUUACAACAUAAUUUUCUCCCGAGCAUGGCAUGAAAAGAAAUAAUGUCUAUGUGGUUGCUCAAAGAGAAACACUGUUUUGUUUCCCAUGUCUACUUUUUUGAGCAAGUGUGUGAACAAGACAGGGGGAUAUAUGAACCACGGAUGUGAGUGAUGUGAAGCAUAUAUAUAUAAUACAAUAUUAUGUAUGUAUAUAAUAUAUCCAUAUUACAAAAACAAAUUUUGGGUGUGGACAUACGCCAGUAGUUUCUGCCCCACUGAAAUUUAGGGUCACCGCACGCUACUGAUUAAAUCAUCUCAAUAUUGACCUCUAAAGAACAAUUUGUUUUACCCUCUUCUUAACAAAAGGUCCUUUGAAAUUGUAUAUAGUGUUAAAAUAAAGAGAGUUCUGCUUUCUGAUCCAUGUAUUGGCUAUGGUUGUUUGACAGCUUUGAUUCCAUGUAUUGUUUUCUGAAAAUCUUUUUACUUUAAAGGGUCUUUGUCAAAUCUCUUGAACUCUUACUACCUGCACACAAACCAGUCCAAACUUAUCAUUUGCUCUAUGUUUUGGUCAGCUGAAGCAUAUUCCAGAUUCUGAUUAUAGUUUCUGGUUAUACUCUAUACAAGUGUAACAGCCAGAUCGUUUUACAAAUAUCUGUUCUUUGACAUAAUGAAUUGAGGUACUUUUUUAAAAUAUCUGUUAUUUUUAAUGUUUGACUGAACAAAUGGUUUUGUUUCCACGCGGGCAAAGUGGUCACAAGGUUUCAAACGUUACACCAAGUCUUUUGUGGUGGAAAUCAAAUCGAAUUCUGUCGUACAAUGAGAUGAAAAUACUCUUUUGGGAGAUGUUUUUUAAAGGGGACAUUUACAUCACUAGGUGGACACGCCCACUAGUGAUGUCAGAUUUUCAAAAGGGCUUGUAAGGGCCAAUCACACUCACACCUGGUUGUAUGAUAUGUCACCUAAGUUGAUGUCAUUCCUGUGCUCUUUUUAUCUAUUGCUGUCUUGUUACAAAUUCGUUUUAGGUACUUAUAUUUGAUAGUGGUUUAGAGAGUUGGAUUCAAAGCUUACGUAUUUUCUUGAAGCAAUAGUUUUGCGUUUCAUUUUAUGCGUUCAACAUUGAAAAUGUAUGGUUUGUACAUUUGUUUAGCAGGAUACUCUUCUUUUUUUUAUCUGUAAAGUUAUAGCUCUACAAUUAUAAUGUAAAUAAAUUGAUUCAUGUUUUGAAAUACUU